UCAUCACAACAAGAUGAAAUUCGUCCUUUUUACUUUGUUCCUUUGUGGAUUCGUCCUGGAAAUCAAUGCUGGUCGUGGUUUUCUGAAACCGAAAAAUACUAGGUCGUUCUCUGGAUUAAUAUCCCUUGUGACUUGUGAGGGAUCAGUCAGUCACAUCCAGUGUGUAACUGGGAAUGUAUCUGUGAUCAGUGCUACAUUUGGACGAAGCGACCAGACGACGUGCUCCGAUGGGAUACCUGACGACCAGACAAAGAACACUGAUUGUGCUAAGAGGGCAGAUUUAGUUUUUCAGAGAUGCAAGGGGAAAUUGGCGUGUCCUGUCUUAGCCAGUAGCUCUGUGUUCGGAGAUCCCUGUGUUGGGACCUACAAGUACCUGGAGGUGAAGUAUCGUUGUCAAAAUCCAUUCCCACAUAAUUUACCCUGAAGUGACGAAUAGACCUGCUGUGCUGAGGAUGAAAUGCAUCAUAAUCAGAAACAUCUACAGACGUUGUGAUCCACUGAUGUGCAGCUUCAUCUCUCUUUA